GUACGCAGGUGGAUCUACGUGUUCCCCACCUAGUUGUGCACAAGUACAGACCAUUUCGGUACCAUACUGUCUUGUUAAUGAUGGAUAAAGGUUAAGAUUGGGUUUAGCGACAGUGUGCCUCGGCAUAAAUCACAAAGACUGCGUCUACCUUAACUUUAUUCAUCAAUGAAUAAUCACUAGGUGUAACUGCACUGCCCGGCGAGCACGUUCAGUGACCCAAAUCAAACCUACAAAGGGAACCGCGGUACCAAAAAGUUCAUCCAGUGAAACAGUCUAAAAAAGGAUGAAGACGAGAGAGUAUUUGUCAAAAUGCAGAAACAGUAAUGACAUUUAAGUGGCGUUCAAUACAAGAACAAAAGAAAAGAAGAAGCAAGAGAAGUUGUGUUUUAUUCCCCGAGUCGUCGUCAGAAGGCGAAUAAGAAGAAGAAGCUAGCUAUCGAGAUGAGUCGCCUGCUAAACAGACUCUUCACGGCGAAAAGGAAUUGGGUGGGAGUUGGAGCUGUGUUGGUUUGGCUUUUACCCCCAGUGUGGAGUUGAAGCCGUCCCUGUGUCUCGCAUAUACUCUGCAUAUCACAAGAUUUGGUCUCUCCUCUCUCUUUUCUGGAGCUGCUGUAGGACUGGCUAUGGCCACCGCUACUUCCGGGAUCCGUCAUUUCAUUCGCCCACCGCUCAGCGCUGCGAACUGACUCUGUUUCUAUAAGCAAGCUAGCAGCCAACCUGCCAACACUCGCUGACACUCACUCAUCUCAGUCUCGCCAGAUAGACGAAAUACCUACGGGGGAAAGAAAGGAAAGAUCUGAAUCGCUAUCUCUUAAUUUCUACUGCUUUUUUUCUUUUUUUACAGUGAUAAUAAAACAAGAUAGCGAUCUGGAAGCAUUAAAGGAGACGCGGACUUGCGCGAUGAAAACGGACUAAAAAGAUUCGUCCUUCUCUUGAACAUCAUCACCAACCGUCAUUCAUUCAUUACCUUGACAACCUCUGGCUUUGAUUGACAGCUGGAGUGGCAAAAAGCCAUGAGACACGACAGUUUAGUUACAUGCAGGUUGUUGAUGGGCCGAUUGUAACCUUCACUUUGGCGCAUUUUUUCUUUUUUUUCCGAGGAAAGAGGGAAAACAAGAAAAAUUGCAAAACUCCCUGAUGCUACGAUUUCAACUGAACCACACUGGCGAAUAGGAGAAGUCGCAAAGUUGGUUGAAAAAGGAAUCUUGCCUCUAAAUCACUUUCUAAACGGGACUGGGAUAUUAAAUAUACGACAGAUUCAGGAGUUUAUUGGAGCGCAGCCUGAUGGCGCAAAGGUACGAUGAGCUGGCCCACUACGGUGGGAUGGACGGAGUCUCGGCGUCGAUGUACGGGGACCCGCAUGCUCCCCGGCCGCUUCCCCAGGUCCACCACCUGAACCACGGACCGCCGCUGCACGCCAGCCAGCACUACGGAGCUCACGCUCCUCAUCCAAACGUUAUGCCCACCAGCAUGGGCUCUGCUGUCAACGACGUUUUAAAGAGGGAUAAAGAUCAGAUUUAUGGUCACCCUUUAUUCCCACUGCUCGCACUGGUUUUUGAGAAGUGCGAGUUGGCGACGUGUACUCCGAGGGAGCCCGGCGUAGCAGGCGGAGAUGUCUGCUCCUCAGACUCCUUCAAUGAGGACAUUGCAGUCUUUGCCAAACAGGUCCGAGCAGAAAAACCUUUAUUUUCAUCAAAUCCAGAGUUGGACAAUUUGAUGAUACAAGCCAUACAAGUAUUACGGUUUCACCUCUUGGAAUUAGAAAAGGUGCACGAGCUCUGCGACAAUUUUUGCCACCGGUACAUCAGUUGUUUGAAAGGAAAAAUGCCAAUAGAUCUAGUUAUUGACGAACGGGAUGGCAGCUCAAAGUCAGAUCACGAAGAGCUCUCGGGAUCGUCGACUAACCUUGCAGAUCACAACCCAGCUUCCUGGAGAGACCAUGAUGACGCCACCUCCACACACUCAGCCGGCACACCGGGGCCCUCCAGCGGGGGACACGCUUCACAGAGCGGUGACAACAGCAGCGAACAAGGAGAUGGCUUAGACAACAGCGUUGCAUCGCCCGGCACAGGAGAUGACGAUGAUCCAGACAAGGAUAAGAAGAGGCAGAAAAAGCGUGGCAUUUUCCCCAAGGUGGCCACUAACAUCAUGAGGGCGUGGCUGUUCCAGCAUCUCACGCACCCAUACCCCUCUGAAGAGCAGAAGAAGCAGCUAGCCCAAGACACAGGCCUCACCAUCUUACAAGUAAACAACUGGUUCAUUAACGCCAGGAGAAGAAUAGUACAGCCCAUGAUUGACCAGUCAAAUCGAGCAGGUUUUCUUCUUGAUCCUUCAGUGAGCCAAGGAGCAGCAUACAGUCCAGAGGGCCAACCAAUGGGCAGCUUCGUGCUGGAUGGCCAGCAACACAUGGGGAUCCGACCAGCCGGUCUGCCAGGCAUGCCAGGGGAGUACGUACCUCAGAGCGGUCCUAUGGGCAUGAGCAUGGCCCCACCUACUUUCACCAACCCUCAUCAGAUGACCUCCCACCCCUCCCAGCUUCGACACGGACCCCCUCUCCAUGCGUACCUGCCCGACCACCCCCACGCCCACCACCCUCAUCACCAUCACCAUCCCCAUCCCCACCACGCCAUGCUGAUGCAUGGAGGACCCUCGUCGCACCAGGAAUGACCAUGUCUGCACAGAGACCCCCUUUGCUCACUCCCAUUGACCCCACUACUGGAGGACAAGGCCUGGACAUCCAUGCCCAAUAGUAUAAGGGAACUUUGCUACCAAGACAACAGCAGCUACUACAAGAAAACAGUUUAAAAAAAGAAAGCAGCAGCCCACAAUAAAUCCUAUUUUGAGACUAUUUUUAAGAAUAAAAAGCGAACCCUUUUGACCAGAAUUUGACACUAAAGAAACAGAAUUCCAGAUGAGCUGUGAUAAUUCAUUUCUUUUUGUUUUUUUUAGACUUGUCAAUUUUGUUACUUUCAUCCAAACGGAGGACCAAGCUGACAAGAACACUUUGUAAAGUCUUGGGCUUUUGGUAAAGAUCAACAGAGGAUGUUUUGACGUACACGUGUGCAAAGAACGGACUAAUGCACACACUCAAAAAUACACACUUUUCGCACACUCACUCUCACAACACACACCGUCAUAAACAUGUUCAGUACACUUUCAUGUGACGCGCUCAAACGCUUCUAAAAUAAAAUCACUCUGGAAGAUUUAAAAAAGAAACAACAGAAAGACUCCAAGAGUUAUAACUACUGUAGUAUAAAAAGUAUAGAUAAAUAAGUUAAAACUUGUGCAUUUUUCGUUGAUCACAUGGUUUAUGUUUCCUGAGCUAGUUUUAGAAUUAAAGGUUAACCUUUUCUCUCUCACACUGUGUGUGCUCCUUCCUGGAGGAGAAACUGUCUCGCAGCACAGCACUAUAAAAGAAAAAAAACAACAAGAAGAUGGAACAUCUCAAACCAUAGAGGGCAAUCAGGUCCUGUCCCCCAUAAGAACAGGGCAUGAUGGGAAAAGGCUGCUAAAUGACACCGGAUCUCUCCAGAAGAUUCAGUUUGAACAUUUGUCAUGCCCCUCUUUUUUUGGUUCAUGAAUGAAUGUUGCCCUGUAGGUUUUAAAGGAAAAAAGUUCUUUGUUUGAAUUGCCCAAGCACUGGAUUGUGUUGGUUUUAUACAUUUUUAUUUGAAUAUUAUUUUAUUUUUUUGUACCCUGGACUCUCAUUGCUAAGAGCCUAUUGAAGGAAGCUUAAUAGUGGAAAAGCAACAUCCUACAGCGCUUCUUUAUCUGCGGAUCAACAUUCUUGCCAUAAGGACAAUACUGACACAAACGUUGAUUCUGCGGCACUGGAGAAGCAUUUGAUGGUUGAUGCACCAAAAAACCUAAAACAAAAAAAAAGGAAAAAAAAACUUAAAUUAUGAACUCAAUGCUUUUGGGGGAAGAAAAGCUGAGAGAAUAUUGUAACAAACUUCGUACAGAGUUCAGUCUAUUAAUUGUUUCAUGUUAGAUAUUCUAUGUGUUUACCUCAAUUGAAAAAGAAUGUUUUUGCUAGUUUCAGAUCUGCUGUGGCAUUGAUAUUGUAUGUCCAUGAAUUCCUUCCUUUUUCAGCACGUGUUCCUCACUAGAUGAUAAGAUGCCGUCUCCCUUAAGCUUUGUCAAAAAUACAUUAAAUACUUGUAUGAGGACUGUGACGUAAUGUUUAAAAGGUGUUCAGUCACAAAUGCUGUAAUAAAUAUUUCAUUUUUGAUUUUUGUUA